AUGGAUAUAACCUCUCACAUCAUGUGGGCCCUGGACAUGUUGCCCUUGGUGGCACUGUACGGCUUUAGUAUCAUGAUAGCAUUGGUCCUGUUCGCCGUCGGCUAUCGAGCCAUUCUCCAUCCCUUAAGUAAAUACCCAGGGCCAUUCAUUGCUAAACUGAGUAAUGGCUACAGUGGCUAUCAUGCGCUGAAACAGGAUCUCCAUCUUGUCACAUAUCGUGAUUAUUUGAAAUAUGGUUCGGUAUUUAGACAUGCCCCUAAUCGUUUGGUGUUUAAUACGGCAACCGCAGUCCGUGAUAUCUAUCUGAACCCUGGGGUUAAUAAAGCUCGUAUAUACGAGAAAACGCAGUUCAACCCACAGAAGAAUAUAUUUGGUACGUUGGAUAGGGAGCGCCACCGGCAGAAACGAAAGAUAUAUGGGCAGGUCCUCUCCGAUCGAUCUUUGCGUACUUUUGAACCGACUAUGAGCAAGGAGAUUGAUGCUUUCUUGGGCCAACUCUUGAAAAUGGGCGGUAAGCCCGCUAACAUGUCGCUCUUAUGUGAGCGUCUCACCGCCGACGUCGCCGGUAACUUAGCCUUUGGGCAACAACUUCAUACUUUGCUUAUAUUUUCAGUAUGUGGGCUCUAUUCCCUGCGGGUUGCCAAAAUAUAUCGGCUCGCUCCCUUCUUGUCGUCGGUAAUAAGGUUGCUGAUCGUUCACGUAGUGACCUGGCCGAACCUUUCUGUCAUAUGGCCGAUAUUCAGUAGGUUGUACCGGAAAAGCGGACGAGCAUUUAGCGACACGAUACGAGACAUAAUCCAGAAACGUAUGGCUCUGCCCAAGGAUGCAAAGCACGACUUUUACUCCGUUGCGACGAGCGAUCCCGUUCUUGAGAAUGAGAAUCUGAGACAGAGCGAGUUAUGGGCUGAGGCUGUAUUUAUCAUGCCAGCUGGUGGUGCUACGACGCCUGCGGCGCUUAGCGCUCUCUUCUUUUACCUUUCACGCCAUCCGACCGUUUAUGCUCGACUCGCUAGGGAGAUUCGCACGACAUUCGCUGAGACCGCGAUUCAAAGCGGGCCGCAACCAGUUGGCUGCACGUAUCUUCGCGCUGUUAUCGAUGAAACCCUGCGGGUCGCACCGCCUUUUCUGGGCACCUUCUGGCGUGAACCGCAUGCUUCCUACACUGAACCAUUUAUAGUCGACGGGCAUGUAAUACCUCAAGGCACCGCUGUUGGCGUGAGCCCGUAUUGCUUAAUGCACAAUGAAGCUUACUUCCCCGAACCGUUCGAAUUUCGGCCGGAACGAUGGCUAGGGUCGGAGGAGCAAAGGGCGGCGAUGCGAGGGGCAUUUGCGCCGUUUGCGCUCGGAGAUACUGGGUGUCUCGGUAAGUCUAUGGCAUAUCUUGAGAUAAGUCUAGUGAUAGCGAAAACGUUAUGGUAUUUCGAUUUCGAGAAGGCCCCCGGAGAAGCGGGUAAGCUUGGAGAAGGAGAGGUCGAGCGCGUGAAUGGGAGGGGUCGGACGGAUGAGUAUCAGCUGCGUGAUCUCGCGGUAGCGGGUCAUGAUGGACCAAACCUGGGGUUUAAGCCAAGGGGCGAUUAUUGGAAGGCACUGAUAAACGAUGAAGUCAAAGUCAAAGUCUAGAUUGUAUUUCGAGAAGACUGAGGUAUGAUGUGGAAGGCUAAGCUAAGAAUUCGUGGUCUGUAAUUGAAAUUUUGUAUCACCCGCCUUUAGCGCUUUGACCAUCGCGACAUGGCCCCAAACAGCGCCAUUAUAGAAAAAUCUUGGUUCUAAAUAAAACCCAGAGUAUGUCAAGAGAGAUUUAAUAGUCAGGAACUAGAUCAUCUAAAUUUGUUGUCUCACGACGCUUGCCGAACCGCCAAUAAUCCUUCUUGACGACGCAGAAGUAGAAAUAUAGCCUCC